CACUUUUUUUUUUUCUUAAAAAUAAAAAAUAAAAAUGAAAAUGUGUACACCCACGCGUUGGCUAGGAGCAAGAGCAGUUGCAGUUGGAAGUGGAAGAACAAGUGAUUGCAGCUGCUUUUGUGUCACCAAUUUCAGAAACCAACCCAUCAUCACCACCACCAUCUCUGCAACUCCUCAGGGAACAAGAAGGCCUUUCUCCGUGUUUUGUUCUUAUUCCUCACCAUUUCUAGCUGCUUCUUCUUCUUCAAUGCCUUACGACAAGGAGCUCGCUGCUGCAAAAAAAGCAGCCACUCUCGCCGCUCGUCUCUGCCAGAAAGUACAAAAGGCUCUUUUGCAAUCCGAUGUUCACUCAAAAUCUGACAAAAGUCCUGUCACGGUGGCUGAUUAUGGUUCACAAGCCUUGGUUAGCUUUGUACUUGAGAGAGAGCUUCCUUCUGAACCAUUUUCAUUGGUAGCUGAGGAGGAUUCAGGGGAUCUUCGUAAAGAAAGUGGCCAGGAAACACUGAAGCGUAUUACGGAACUUGUCAAUGAUACUCUUGCCAGUGAAGAGUCUGAUAGGUUUACUGCUUUAACAACAGAAGAUGUGCUUAGGGCCAUUGAUAAUGGUAAAUCUGAAGGUGGUUCUGUUGGGCGGCACUGGGUUUUGGAUCCAAUUGAUGGCACUAAAGGGUUUGUAAGAGGAGAUCAAUAUGCCAUAGCAUUAGGUUUACUUCAUGAAGGGAAGGUUGUAUUGGGCGUGUUGGCUUGUCCAAAUCUUCCACUGACAUCCAUUGGCAAUAAUCAGCAGUCUUCUUCUAAUGAAGUUGGUUGUCUUUUCUUUGCUAAAGUAGGUGAUGGAGCAUACAUGCAGUCAUUGAAUGGUUCGACACAUAUUAAGGUGCAUGUCACUGAUACUGGGAAUCCAGAAGAAGCAUCAUUUUUUGAAUCUUUUGAAGCAGCACAUUCAUCACAUGACUUGUCUAGCUCCAUUGCAGAAAAACUCGGUGUCAAAGCUCCUCCAGUUAGAAUUGACAGUCAAGCAAAAUAUGGAGCUCUUUCUAGAGGAGAUGGGGCCAUAUAUUUGCGUUUCCCUCACAAAGGAUACCGUGAGAAAAUAUGGGAUCAUGCUGCUGGCAGCAUUGUUGUAACUGAAGCCGGAGGUAUUGUCACAGAUGCUGCAGGGAACCCCUUGGACUUCUCGAAAGGAAAGUUUCUUGAUGUAGCCUCUGGUAUUAUUGUUACAAACCAGAAACUGAUGCCAUCACUUCUGAGAGCAGUUAAAGAAGCCCUCAAUGAGAAAGCCUCAUCCUUGUGAUUUCCACUUAUGUUCUACAAUAGAGCUUGCUAUGGUUGCCAGCUCCUGCUUCCAGCUAUAUGGGAUCUCCCCUCAAUUGUGCUAUAUACUUCACACUUGAUCUGAAGAAACUAGAUGCAUGAUUCAACUCGAUUAAUAUUCUGGUUUUUGCUUCUGGUAUUGUCUUGAAAUAUUCCUGGUGUUUAAUCUGUUUAUGGAGAUUCUGUUUC